CGGAGUUUGAAAGCGCGGGGACAUGAUGGGGAUUAUGGAAUGAUGACUCUGGGCGGAACUUGUUCUGAAAAAAAAAAAGGAACAUUACCAUGUUCUGUAUAAAAUGCGGAACAUUCUUAUAGAUCACUGAUCCGUAUUUCUUCUCUUCACUCGUUUUCAGCAUCCAACUGCACUCGCUCAACUACCAAUAUGUCCACGACGCGCGCGGCGACGUUCGCACAUCUUGAUGAAGCCCGUCUGGGAUGGUUUCACAUCCGGUCUAUUCUUGUCGCGGGGGCAGGGUUUUUUGGUGAUGCGUACGAUAUCUUCGUGAUUGGGUUGGCGCUACCAAUGAUCUAUCGCGUGUACUAUCCACCUGCGGAUGGAAACAAACUUAAAGGUUCCAGCUUUGGGGCGGACCACCCACACAUUGAUGCUCUUCUCAAGGCAUCUACAAACUGGGGAAACCUCGUUGGACAGCUUAGCUUUGGUUACCUCGGUGACAAACUUGGCCGUAAAAAGGUUUACGGUGUGGAAAUCAUCAUCAUGAUGGUCGCGAUUCUCGGAUCCACUCUCGCUUGUUCCACCGUUCGUGGCAUGGGCGUGCUAACCAUGCUCGGAUUGUGGCGGUUCGUUUUGGGGAUCGGUAUUGGUGGAGAUUAUCCCAUGUCGGCCACCAUCACAUCUGAAUUCGCUCAAGUUCGGUACCGAGGCAUGAUGAUCGCUGCCGUGUUCGCCAUGCAAGGAAUCGGUAUUCUUGUCGGGGGAUUGGUGACGCUGAUUGCUUUGGCGGCCUUCCAGAACUUGAUCCGGGAGGACCCACUGUACCUUGACUAUGUGUGGCGUAUCAUGCUUGGAUUCGGUAUCGUUCCGUGUGUCGCCACAGUUUAUUUCCGUCUCACCAUGCCAGAAACACCUCGGUUCAGUGCGCACGUCAAGGGUGAUCACGAAGCCGCGCAGCGGGACAUUCAAAAGCUGACCCACCCAGAAGCCCAAACCGGCAAGGGCGACGACAUUACGGUCAACCAACCUCUCCAACCUGUAGAACCUGUCCCCACGGAGCGUAAAGUUAAUUUCCAGCAAUACUUUAGCCAACCGAAAAACGCAAAACUGCUUUUCGCAACUGCGUACUGCUGGUUUGCCCUUGAUAUUGCUUGGUACGGUCUUUCCCUCAACCUCCCCGUCGUCCUCGAGCUCAUCGACUACUCUGGUCAUGGAGGCGACCAGUACGAUUCCUUCUGGGCCAAAGCAGUAGGAAACAUUAUUGUGGCUUGUAUGGGUACUGUUCCUGGGUACUGGGUUACAGUGGCCUUGAUUGAAAAAUUGGGCCGCAAGCCGAUCCAAUAUGUGGGCUUUAGUGUCAUUACCAUCAUCCUAGCCAUUCUUGCUGGUGCUUGGGACCAGAUUUUGAAAAAGGGAGAUGACGGACACUACACAAGUUCCUCAAAAGCCAUUUUCUUGACCCUGUAUACCAUCGCCCAAUUCUUUUUCAACUUUGGGCCGAACGAGACGACCUUUAUCUACCCCGCCGAAAUCUUUCCAACCCGCUUCCGUUCCCGAGCUCACGGACUCUCCUCUGCAGCCGGUAAAUGCGGUGCCAUCGUCGGCAUCCAAGCCGUCGGACCCUUCUUUUUUGAUCAUCCCAAGAUUGUCUUGGCGGUGUUUGCGGCAGUCAUGGCUUCCGGAUUCUUUACAACAUUUUUGUUGCCUGAACCCAAGGGAAAGACUUUGGAAGAGUUGACGGAUACGCAUGAUGAUAGUGUACCUGAGGACGAGGUGAUGAAAAUAGAGGUGUAGAUUGAUGGGUAGGGUUGCUCAGUAGAGCGUGUGGUAUUUACCUGCGGAUAGUUACCGUUGCCACCAAGUAUAACUCUUACAUAUUUAGAUUCUUGUGUAGAAAGGAUCUUCAAAACCCCAUUUUGUUGAAACGCUAAUACAUGUGCCUUAUUACAUUUUGAGUAAAAUGCACUUUCAGUCGUUUCAGCAGAGUCUUUUCGGUCAUGCUUUCAUUAUCGAUGAAUGGGUUGGAAUCGUUUACAGUUCACUUGCACAAUACACAAAAACCUCAAAAGUGGCGAGAUGAAAAAAGCACUUAUUAGCCACUGAUUAUCCAUGCACUUGGCUUGCCCUGCC